GAGAGCUGUGGGAGUCAGAGUCCAUUCCGGCUAACGGCGUCCACCGGGCUCUGAAAACUAUAGCUAAUAGUUUUGAAUGUUUUAUUCUGUAAACCUCUAGCAUUUUCUUUUUCGAAGGCGACAUAUAUCUAAUUCUCAACCAAAAUUGUUAUACAUGUACCUAUAUUGUUUAUAUUUUAUAGCCUUUCUUUGACAUUUCAGGGGCUCGUGCCUGUAGCACUGCAGCUGUCACAAAAUCCAGCGACACCGCACACUUGUGACAAGGGUGUUGGGAAAUAACGAACUAGAAGAACCUGAAGGAUUUAACAACAUUAAAGCAAAUAACCUACAGCUCCUACACCAGCGUCUCAGGUAUCAACUGAAAUGUCAUGUGGCGUGUCCCGUCCACUCGUGUGUUCUUCAUGACGUCACUCUCAUCAGGGACGUGAAGGAGAGUACAUGUAGACAUGUAGCUGUCUCCACUGCAGUUCUGUCAUCAUCGGCGUCUUGUCACGAUGAUGCUCACGCUCGGUCACACGCUGGUCUUCUGGACCACACUCUUUCACACACAAAGCCUGGAGCUCUUCAACUUCACCGAAGAAGAUGCGCUCACCUGCAGCCAGGUCCUUACUGAUUGUAAUGUAAAGCCAGGUGAUCUAUGUCUUUAUCAAGAUGACAGUGUUUAUGUGAGUGGUCUUGCUGCUCAUGCGCUGUUGUGUAAAAGUCAACAAGGCUUGCGUCCAUGCUUAAGAAUCUGGAUUAACAUUACAGCUGCAGGAGUCCAUGAGGAAGCAGCUCUGUCUGGAGAAGAUAGCUAUAAAGACAAAAGAAGUGAGAACAGGUUACAUGAGCAUGGAAGUGGCCUGGAACCGUCCGUUUCCACAUCAAAGUCUAUCCAAGUGUGUUACCAGGGCCCAGACUUCUCAGGUUCAAAAGAGCUCACUUUCACACUGCCCUUCUCAGAUGACCACACAACACAGAUGUGGAUGUCAUUGAUAGUAGAGCUGAGGGAAGAUGAUUUUGGCAGUACAGUCACUGUCUUCUCUUCAAACCCUCAUAAACCCACCUUCACGAAAGAGAUCCAGAUGGCUUCAAUAGACAAAGUUUGUUCCCAAGGUCUGGCCAUUGCACAGUGUAAAGUACCCAUUUUGUAUCCAGAAAUCAACCCAAAAACAGGAAUGGCAGAACUACUUGUGGGUGAUCUGGCCAAGGAUGAAGUUCAUAACCUGCAGGCCUGCCAGAGGAUGGAGAAAGAUGGGCCAUGUUUACGACUAGAAUGGAAGGAGAAUCCACUGAUGAUUCCAAUGAGCUCUGUCGCCCCCUGUCUCUGCUUUCAGAUUUGGCGGGUGGAUGGACCUCGAAAGAUGUUUUGCCCAUUUAUUAAUAAAACAGCUCUCUCUGUCUCUAAUGUAUCUGUGUCUGUGGUGGAGUCUUCGACUCACGAUGGAGCAAUGGCUAUAAACAGCACUGCUCUUGUUUGGAACAUCACUGCCCCCUGCAGACUGGAGGCUGAAAUUCAUCUCUGCAAGAAAACGUCAAGCUCCAGCAAAGACUGCCAUGUAACAGAUGACUUAAGGAACAGCAGGCACUAUACACACGGCCGUCAGCAUUCAAAAUGGAUCUUGGUUAACAAGCAGCACUGGCAAUCACAAGGCGAGUUUGCUCAAGUGGAACGUCACCCUUCACUCUGUGUGCAGAUAAAGGUUAAGGGAAUUGAAGGCCAUUUUGACCUUGUCUGCCCUUUUGAAGUUACCAGAACUCAUUGGAGUUUGUUUCUGUUGGUAUCUGUGCUUGUCAUGUGUCUGGCAGUUUUGGGAGCCUAUGUUCUCCAGGGAUUACUCAAAGCAGGUUGGAUAUUCAAAUGGCUGAAAAUGGAUAGCAUCAGCAGUAGAGUAGGAGAUGGUCAGGUGGUCCUGCUGUACCCUCCGGAUGCAGACAGUGCUGUUGCAGUGCUGGUGUGUCACUUAGGCUCGGUUCUCUCCUCGCUGGGAUUCGGCGUCUCUUUGGAGUUGUGGAGCCGCGAGGAGCUGAACGCACUCGGCCCCGUACCCUGGUUGCACUCACGUCUUCAUCGUAUGCAGUGCCACGGUGGCAAAGUGGUGCUCGUGCUCACCCCUGCCGCUUGGGCACGAGCAGAGGAGUGGUGUCGAAGCAGAGGAGAGAAGACUGAGCAGCGAGAGAACUACUCAGAUGUUUUCAGUGCCUCACUCAGCUGCAUUCUUGCUGAUUACCUGCAGGGCCGCGCCGGCGAACGCUUUGCCCUGGUGCAGUUUGAAACACAGCCGGCCGAACCCCCGAAUGAAAGGGGAUCCAUGCCUGAGCUUUUUCGUGGGCUUCCUCUUUUCAGCCUGCCCUCUCAGAGUUUGGGAUUUCUGACUGAGAUCACUCAUGGAGCUUACAGAGGACAAAAAGAACAUGAGAGAGCUGAGAGCAGAAGAACAAGGGCCGGUGUUUUGAGAGCAGGAGCACGAAUUUUAGCAGGAACACUGCGAGAGCUAACAGGGGGAGCAGGAUACAGGUUAGCGGGGGUUUCUCAGGAUUGCAUGGGGUUGGAGAUGGACGAUCCAUGGGUCACUAUACCUCUGACGCUAGAGCACUUGACUCCACCUGCUAGUCCUGAGUUACACAGUGAGAGCAGCACUGUCAAUUGAAUUCCUGUAAAAGACUUAGAAUUUCACUGAAGUGCAUCAGAGAACGGGUGGCAUAGUUUUGUCAAAUAAAUGUCCCACUGAGCCAGGCCAUGUUUUGACUCACUAUCAUCAUAAUCGUAAAAUCGUUUUUUUUAAAUGUACGAUAUUGGAUGGCAUUGCUGUCUCACAGCUCCAGGGUCACAGGUCCUGGGUUCGAUCCUGAGUUACUAUCUGUGCUGAGUUUUGCAGCUUCUCCCUGUGUUUGUGUGGCUUUCCUCUGGGUUCAUCAGUUUCCUCCUACUGUCUUAGUUACCCUAGAAUGCCCCUAGGUGUGAAAGAGUGCGUGAAUGAGUGUGCCUUUUGGUGGAUGGAGUUCACCCCAUCCAAGCUGAAUUCUUCUAUCCUGUGUCUAGUGUUGCUGGAACAGGCUCCGGAUCCAUCGCAACGCUGAUUAGUGAAGAAUGAAUGAAUGAAUGACUGAAUGACUGAAAAGAUAUAAUAUUUCUUAUAUUCAAUUCCGUUAAAAGGUGAAAUUAAAAAUGUAAUUGCCAUCUGAGGCACACUGGAGCUCCUGGGUGGCACUAAGAAGAGUUCCUCAGCAAUGUGUUCACCAUCUACCUUUGCCAGAUUUUACAGGUUGAAUGUCGCUACAUGCAUAAGGAGUGUUUUGUUUUAAAUCUAACCAAACUGACACUAGACAUGAAAUGGCCAGUUUUCUUUCUUUUUUUUUAUUUUGUAAAAGAUCCAAACUGACAUGUUUUACUCAAAAUUUCCACAGAACAUGGUUAUAUGGCUUAUACCCGUGAUGAUAUACAAGGUGUCCCAAAAGUCUCCAUACAUAGGGGACUACGUACGCCAGCACCACAUCAGUUGUGUCUUCGUCAGUGGAUGUUCGUGGACGUCCACUUCUCGGUUGGUCCGUAACACUUUCAGUCUUUUUGAAUUCGUUAAUAAGUUUGGCAGCAGUGUCAUGCGUGAUGCGUUUGCCAUGUUUCCUGGUAAAGUCCAUCGCAACCUUGCGACAGCUUCCCGAUUCAGCCAUGAGAACGAUUUCAAUACGUUCUUCUUUUGUCAAAGGCAUUCUUAAAGACUAUCUGAAUAUAUAUGUAUAUAUAUAUAUAUAUAUACAUAUAUAUAUAUAUAUAUAUAUAUAUAUAUAUAAUAUAAACCAAGUAUGAAAAAUUUUAGUAUGAAAAAGUGUUAUUUUCUCCUACGUAUGGAGACUUUUGGGACACCGUGUAUACUGUAUGUAAAGUAUUCAUAAAAUAGAUUUAACAAUAACUACUUUAAAUAAAAUAAAAUUGCAGUUAAUAUUACUAUAAAAUCAAACAGGUAUUCUGGGUCAGCGGGACAUCAGUUGCUAAGCAGUGAACAGAGCAUGAGGGUUAAAUGUUCACACUGUUUUGAAGCUGAUGGUGAAUUGUUCAUUUGUACUAUAAACCUUAGAUAAAACACUACCAGAAUAUAAUCUGGAAUCUUUAAUUUACGCUAAAAUACAACAGCCAGCUGUGAUACUCAAAUGUCUCAUUAACAUCUAGGUACGACAGA